AUGCUGCCAAACAUAUUGCUAGAAUGUCAGCUUCAUCAAAAGCCUCGGCAAGGUCAGGUACUGGGUGGAAUUGAAAAAAAUUCUGAAGUGUUCACACUGAAGCUGAAGCAUGUCAAUAAGUACGGGGCAAUGAUCAACACUCGGUUUGUGAAGAUACGCCGACUGCCAGAUGUGCCUCAUUUAUUUAGACCGCUUCAGACGGGUAGGAUUUUCUGCUGUCUUGGCAGCGUCUCCGAGCCCGCAUGGGGACGGGAUCUCAGUCAUGACAGCCAGGAGUUAUGGGUGUGGGCCGUUCAGGCUUUUGUGAUACAGGGAUCAGCCGUAGCUGCUCAGGAAUUGACGUCUACUGCCCAGCCAGAGUCGGCUGACGUCGAACUCAAAAAAUUUUGCACCCGCGUCGCCCAGAACCAUCGAAUCCACCGGCCUCCGCCCGAAUCCGUUCCUUCCAACCCGCCCCUCACCAUGCUCCAAAAGCCCACCCAAUCCGCUCUCGUUACAGCCCGUGGAACACACUCCAUGGCUGGCGGAUGCACUGUCUCCCGCGAAGCUCUCCCUACGAUCGCUGGUGGCUGCUCUGUCACCCGCGAACCUUGCCCCUCUGGGCCGUCGUCCCUGCUCGCCCGUAACCCCGACAGACUCGCCAUCCGCCCAGCCUGCUUCUUCACCAUCAUCCCUUCCCUCACCGGCUGAUUAUAUUUCCCGUCUGCGGCGAUCCACAUACAUUUUGGAAUUAUCCCUCGAGACUUGCCCUUGGCCACUCAGUCUACUUGACCUGUGGAUCCGCAAGCCUCUAGCUUUGCUGUACAGCCACGUGGGAAGCCUUGGUCCUCAUAAAAGGGGUUGACUGCACCCUUCUUGCCUCGAAAUAGCCAUCCAGUGGAACCCACGUACACUCGAUACGGGCCGAGAGCCAAGCGGCAUUCCUCCGUUAUCCUUCAAAACUAUGCACAAAUUGUCCUGGCUUUAGUUCAGCCCACAUAUGCAAAGUUUGCUUGUCCAUCAUUCCCACUUCAGAGACACUACAUUCUUGUAGUUAGACUUUCAUUCAUUCAUUUAGAAACACCAUUCAGUUGUACCUAUAGACUGCAGCUUCUACUCACCAUAUCAGCCUGGUCAAAGCGCUCCAAGAAAUGCAUCGCAAAUUUAGUUUAUACCA